UGCCGGACCUGGGGUUGGGCUUGUGUAGCCCAGCUGGUUCCGGCUGGCGAAAAUGGCGGCAGCUGGGCCGGCGUGCCGGGAUUUCCUGGUCCACUGGUGUACCCAGGAGUUGCGGAAAACUUUCGGCCUGGAUGUCAGCGAGGAGAUUAUGCAGUAUGUUUUGUCAAUUGAAAGUGCUGAAGAGAUACGAGAGUAUGUGACAGACCUUUUACAGGGAAAUGAAGGCAAAAAAGGCCAAUUCAUAGAAGAUCUUAUAACCAAAUGGCAAAAAAAUGAUCAAGAAUUGAUUUGUGAUCCUUUGCAGCAGUGCUGCAAAAAAGAUGAAAUUUCAGAUGGACAGAGGUCUGGAGACCAGCUAAAGCGGGGUAGGCGGAAAGGAAGAAACAAACAGGAAGUUCCUGCAUUUGCUGAGCCUGACACGGUUGUAGAAGUCAAAACACCUUUUGAUUUGGCUAAGGCACAAGAAAGCAGUAACUCUGUAAAGAAGAAGACAAAAUUUGUCAAUUUAUACACAAGAGAGGGACAGGACAAGCUUGCGGUCCUGCUUCCUGGUCGCCAUCCUUGUGAUUGCCUGGGCCAGAAGCACAAGCUCAUCAAUAACUGUCUGGUCUGUGGACGGAUUGUCUGUGAACAAGAGGGUUCCGGCCCCUGCCUAUUCUGUGGCUCUCUGGUAUGUACUCAUGAAGAGCAAGAUAUUUUACAACGUGACUCAAACAAAAGCCAAAAACUGCUAAAGAAGCUCAUGGCAGGGUCGGAGAAUUCUGGAAAGGUGGAUGUCUCUACCAAAGACCUUCUUCCUCAUCAAGAAUCUCGACUUAAGUCUGGUCUGGAGAAGGCUAUCAAGCAUAAAGACAAGUUGUUAGAGUUUGACAGAACUAGCAUUCGAAGAACUCAAGUCAUUGAUGAUGAAUCAGAUUACUUUGCCAGUGAUUCUAACCAAUGGUUGUCCAAAAUCGAGCGAGAAACCCUGCAGAAGCGAGAGGAGGAGCUGAGAGAACUUCGCCAUGCCUCUCGACUCUCUAAAAAAAUCACCAUUGACUUUGCAGGCCGGAAGAUCUUAGAAGAUGAAAAUCCUCUAGCAGAGUAUCAUAGCAGGUUAGAUGAGACAAUACAAGCCAUUUCCAAUGGAACCUUGAACCAAUCGCUGAUCAAACUGGAUACAUCUUCUGACGAGCCUUUGGGAGUUCUAGUAAACCCCAACCUGUACCAGUCUCCUCCACAGUGGGUAGACCAAACAAGUACAUCCUCACAGAAGAAGGCUUUCCAUUCAGCAGGAAUGGGAUUAGAGUUCAAUUUACGUCAGCAUCAGUUGCGAAUCCAGGAUCAAGAAUUCCAGGAAGGCUUUGAUGGUGGCUGGUGUCUCUCUAUGCAUCAGCCCUGGGCUUCUUUCCUUGUUAGAGGGAUUAAAAGGGUGGAGGGAAGAUCCUGGUACACUCCCCACCGAGGACGACUUUGGAUAGCAGCCACAGGCAAAAAACCCUCCCCUCAAGAAGUCUCAGAACUUCAGGCUACCUAUCGCCUUCUUCGUGGGAAAGAUGUGGAAUUUCCAAACGACUAUCCAUCAGGUUGUCUUCUGGGAUGUGUGGACCUGACUGAAUGCUUGUCCCAGAAGCAAUUUAAGGAGCAGUUUCCAGAUAUGAGUCAAGAAUCUGAUUCUCCAUUUGUUUUCAUCUGCAAAAAUCCCCAGGAAAUGGUCGUGAAGUUUCCUAUCAAAGGAAAUCCAAAAAUCUGGAAACUGGAUUCCAAGAUCCAUCAAGGAGCAAAGAAGGGGUUAAUGAAGCAGAAUAAAACUGUCUGACCCCGGAGAAAAGGGACUAUACAGCAUAGUGGAAUUCCGUGUACUAAAAUUGGUAUCCACUGAUCCUUCAGAAUCAAAGCAGUAGAAAUCUAAAGGCUGGCCCAUCAGGCUUUAAUGUCUCAGAAUUUAAACUCAUACCAAAAUCUGUUUAUUUUUCUUAAAGAAUAGGAUUCUUUAUGUAAUGGGUCAAAAAUCUUUGAAUACAUUAUUUAUAAAAAUUUAUUUUUAAAAUUCUA